UCGGCGAUGGAGCGCGGCGUGAAAAACAAAAACAAAAAGGGCUGCAAAAACGAAAGUUAAAACAAAGCGAGCUGUGUGGUUGUGGUUUACAGCUAUCCAGGACACUUAAAGGAUGAAUUCUGUGCUAAAAUCUCGAACGCACGUGUUUCGACAGUUAUUUGAUGCUGAAUCAUGGACGUUUACAUAUCUUCUUGGUUGUGCGAUCAAGAAAGAAGCUAUUUUGGUGGAUCCAGUGGAUACUCAGGUUGAACGAGAUUUAAAAUUGUUGAAAGAGCUAGAUCUCACUUUGAAAUAUGCUGUGAAUACGCAUUGUCAUGCCGAUCACGUGACAGGAAGUGGAAUUUUAAAAACAAUGACAGCUUGCAAAAGUAUGAUUGGUAAAAAUGCUGGAGCUGCUGCGGAUAUUCUAUUAGAUGAUGGAGAUAAAAUAACUUAUGGAGAUAGUAGUAUUGAAGCUAUAUCAACUCCUGGACAUACCAACGGUUGUUUCUCUUAUGUCCACCAUCAGGAAAGAUUUGCAUUGACUGGCGAUGCAUUGUUGAUUAGAGCUUGUGGAAGAACAGAUUUCCAAGAAGGUAAUCCUCGCACACUAUACCAAUCAGUUCAUUCAAAGUUGUUAUCACUGCCGGAUGAUUUCUUGUUGUUUCCUGCUCACGAUUACAAAGGUCAUUCAGUAACCACAGUUCAUGAAGAAUGCAAGUUUAAUCCAAGACUUACAAAAUCAGAGGAUGAAUUUGUUGAAAUCAUGAAAAACCUCGGAUUGGCGUAUCCUAAGAAAAUCGACGUAGCUUUGCCAUGGAAUGUAAAAUGCGGACCAUCACAACUUGGCGAAGCCAGAAUGGACGGACUGUAACGAGAGAAGUAAAGAAAUAUCAAUUAACAAAAAUGGUAAGUCAAGUAGCGGCUGCAUAAUCUACCAUUUUAAAACGUGGAAAAGUGGAGGGUACAGUUACGAGUCAAUCAAACCUUACAUGCUGACUAACCAAGAACUAAUAAAAUAUGAUAUCGAAUACGAAAAUUCGAGCACACAACCUGGACGUCUACCCAUGACAUCAAAUAUGAAGUUACAGCCGAGAUGUAGAGAUUCUUUAGAAUCUUAUGAAAGUUCUCUUCAAACAAAUGACAAACCAAAACGAGCAAAGGUAAACAAAGGAGAAACGUUUAUACCAGCACCGAAAGGUUAUAUUCCAAGACUAACUUUUGAAAACUUGCAAAUGCUAGCCAAUGUUACAAAUGAAAGCGUUCACAAAUCCAUUAAAACAUGGAUCAAAGAUGUUUACGUCAGCAGAAUAAACGAAAAAGAAGCUUAUAGAAAUUAAAUACAUCGACUGUCUAAUUUACGGACACUCUGGGAAGUGGAUGCAUCUAUCUAAUCAACGGACAGAAAGUGAUUGCAAUGGCAAAAUCAUGGUUAAAUCCUAUUAACAGACCACGUAAUCAGCGAACAGCAAUUAGGGAAUACUCUAGCUAGCACCAGACAGGUUUCUGUUGCACUAAACGAACUUUACUGCAGAAUUUUUUUUAUUAGUAGUAGCUAGGAAAACAAAAUGCUUUAAUUCAAACGUUUAUUUUUCAUGGGAGUUGUUGCAUUAUCAUUGUACUGCAUUUCCCACUGCUCUUUGGUGUCCAUAAGAUCUCUGUUUCACGUUUUUCAAGUUUUUAUUGUUCGUGGUCAAUAGCUUCUAGAAAUCCUGUGAA